GGCAAAAAGGAGUAAGUACCACAUGUCUUGGCUAAGCUCAUGAUCUUGAAAAUAACAUUGGUGGCUGCUCUACGCCAUAUAACCUUACACCACCGAUCGACGGAGGCUGUGUUGGCGAGACUGGAUCACAGGUGUUACACUCUCCGUAUGUUUGAUGUGUCCGCAGCUUCGAGUGAGGCUGUCUUGCAUCCGGAUUAUGUCUGCUCUGGAACCAGCGUAAUCGUGAACGAUCAGCUAGGCAAGUUCUAAGUGAACGUGGGUCAUCUGGCGAACCCCGUUUUUGACUCUUCUGUCAAUUCCAUUUACACCAAAAGCGGUAAAAGUCGUAUUAAAGGCACAUGUAUAUGCUUCAGCUAUAGCUGUUGCAAGUAGACUCUGGU